AUGCGGCUUCAACCCGUCUUCGUCGUGGUCGCUCUCGUGUCCUCUUCUCGAGCCGCUGUAUUCGGCCGGAAACAGCAGCAUGAAGAGGUCGACAAGCGCGACAUCAUCGGCAGCAUCCUCGGCGCUCUCAAUGGGAACCAGCUGGCGCCCGUCACCGUCACCGAGACGAUGCGCAUGACCGUCAGCGUGGGCAACCCUGGAGCCAUGGAGACCAUGACCGUCACCGUCACCGCGCCUGCCUCUCCGCCUGCGCCUGCGCCUCCCGCCGGCGAGCCUCUGCCUCCUGGCCAACUCCCUCCCGGCCAACUCCCUCCCGGCGUACUGCCUCCCGAUCAACUCCAGCCCGGCGAGAUGCCCCCUGGCGUGCUCCCUGGACAUAUGCCUCCCGGUCAGGCACCCGGACAGAUGCCUCCGAGCCAGGCGCCCGGGCAGGCUCCCGGCAUGGAAGGACAAGCUCCGAGCCCAAUCAUCAUGACCCCCGAGGUCAUUACCGUCACCGCCGCCGCCCCGCCGCCGCCGCCCCCUGUCACCGUCACGCAGACUCUCACCGUCAUGCAGCCUUGUGGUGUGCCUGCUGCUCCGGCUCCGGUCCCAGCUGCCCCUUCGGCCCCGGCCAUUCCUUCAGCUCCCGCCGCUCCUUCAGCACCGAUCGUCUCUCCGCCCGCUCUUCCAUCGGCAAGUACCUCGACGCCAAUUGUCGACGAGAUUCCGAAAGGGCCCGCCUCAUCACCGCUGCCGCCUCCCCAGCCUCCCACGGAGCCCGUCCUGCCGCCACCUCAGACGAGCGCUAUCGCGCAGCCGGUCCUCAGCGCCCCGAGUGCCCCCAGCGCCCCUGCUCAGCAGUCUUCCAGCAGCAGCAGCAGCAAGUCAACUCCCCCGGCUGCCGAAGUCACGCCGCCGGUCGUCGCGGCUCCUGCUCAGCCUGGCGCAGGCCUCGAUGGCCUCACGCUUACGAACCGUCUGAAUUUGGGCAACUUACUGCAAAACACGGCCAAUUUGCAAGCUCGCGCGACACCGGCCGCGUGA